CGUUUCCCCAUCUCCUCAUCCCCUGGCAUGCUCGGCAUGGUUGCAUGCAUUCUCGUAUAUGGUUUAGAUUAGUCUCCACGGCCACCCACAAACAUAUACUUCCGAAUUCUAUUAACAAUCUUCCCCUCUAAGCGAUGGUCAUAGCCCACCUCCGCCAGUCGAGUAUUGACCUCGACUCGGCUGAUCGACCAUUUGACAAUAUCAUCAACUUUCGGGAUGUUGGCCGAACCGUCAACGAGGUGCUCGGUCGACGGGUAAUCAAAGAGGGUCUUCUCUUCCGAAGUGCCAGGUUAGACGAAGCCUCCGAGCGUGACAAGCGUCGUCUGACUGAAGAGUACCAUAUCUCCACCAUUAUUGACCUUCGAUCCAGUACUGAACACCACAUGGCCGCCACGAAACGCCUUUCUGAGUUGGAGAUCUCCCGUGCUUCCUGCAAUCAGUCUAGCGACCAUGCCAAUCCCACUACUGCAACUGCAUCUCCCACGUCUCCUCCUCCCACGACCUCCUCCUCCUCCUCCAGCCCAGAUGACAUCCACCUCGUUGAUCUCCCACAUGUCCAACGUAGGCUGGUCAGUCUCACCGGCAGAGCUUUUGAGCGAGCUUUACUUUGGCGCCUUGAUUGGUGGAACUUCCUAAAAGUCAUUACGCUUGCAGCAUCCGGCUACCGGGCCGACGCUGUCAUUAUCGUGGGCCAGCAGGUCAUGUCUCCACGCGGCCUCAUCGGGCUUGGCAUCGAUACUCUCGAUAGUAGCUUCAGCGAGAUGAGAGAGAUUUUCGAAUUGCUUGCCGGUAGCGAGACACAGGCUAGCUCGGAACUUAGCACAACCGAUAGUAGCACGGAUCCUUCGUCUGCCGCGUCACCCUACCCUGUUCUCGUCCACUGCACUCAGGGUAAAGACCGCACGGGGUUGAUCAUUCUUCUCCUUCUGCUUCUGACGGGUGCUGUAACCCCAGAAGCCAUCCGGGCCGACUAUGUUCUCUCCGAGGGAGAGUUGGUCGUCGAGGUGGAGGAGCGGAUGAAAGAGAUCCGCAUGCUAGGGCUGUCAGAGGACUAUACCAAAUGUCCCGAUGGGUUUACUGCACAGAUCUGUGCGCAUCUAGAGACUAAGUAUGGGGGCGUGGAGGGAUAUCUGAAACAGGUGGGGGUGGACCAACUAGACCUGGAGCGAGUCAGGAAAAGUUUACUCGCAUGAUACAUCUUAGGCUAGGUUCAGCAUGAUAGAAUAAAAACCCUAUGGGUAGAAUCUAG